ACAAAAGUGCACAAUUUCACUUUAAUAAAUAGAGAUUUUUAUUUUUUGAGUUUGUAUAAGGUUUAAUCCAAUGAGUAAUCUUUAUAGAUUAAAAGCUUUUGAAAUUCUAAAAGACAGAUAUUGGAUAGAAUUAUAAAUUUGGAAAGAAACUAAGUGAUUCUUAUCUACAUAUCUCUUCAAUUACUUGACACAUUGAUUUCAUUGUAUAUAUACUGUUUAGUAAAAAAUUUUUGAUCAUGUACUCAAUUAUUCAAUGAAACAAUGUAAUUUUUAAAAAAUGAUGAGAAAAACCUUUUAUUCACUGUGUUUAAGUUUUAAAUACUAUUAAUUUUUAAUUUUUAGGUAGCACAUGAAGUAAAUUAUUUUAAUUUUAUAGUAGUUAACAUACUGUUAUUUUUUUUCUUAAACACAUACUUUUUUAUUUCGAAAAUGAACUCUUCCUAGUGAAUUCUCUGUGUUCAGACUUGUCUUGAAAUGGAUAGCAAAGAAAGAGCACGAAUAAGACCCGCACAGUUGGAAAUCCUUGUAUCUUUCAUGGAAUUGUAUCCAGCUUUGGCUAUAGCACAAGGUAAACAGGAUGACAUUCCUGCUGAGAAAAGGAAAGCUUUGUGGCUGGAAUUAUAUCAUAAACUAAAUUCUGUUGAAGGUUGUCCUAACAAAACAAUGGAGAGAUGGAAAAAAACUUGGACUGAUCAGAAAACAAAAACACAGAUCAAGGCAGUGAGACUGAUUCAAAAUAAUGGACAUGGUACAAAAUUAACGCCUUUAGAAGAAAGGAUUUUAAAAAUUCUUGCUACUUCAAAUAAAGCCAAUCCAAAUGAUUCUGCAAAUGAGACUGCGGAAGUUCCUGACGCAGAUGUGGUUGUCACAAAUGGGAUUCAGUCCCUGGAAAAUCAAGAAUUGACAGAUUCUUUGUUGUCAGAAUCAAGCAGUGUCUCUGUCAUUGAAACACCUAAUAAUGUUUCAGAAUCUUUGAUGGAAAUAAUACCAACUGAUACCCUGCCUGCUUCCAGAACUGAAUUUGGGAGGAUUUUACCUGAAACACCUAUCACUUUGACCUCAUUAGAUAUUCCUACUUUGAUCAAACAAGAACCCCCAGAUGUAGACGAUCCUCAAGAAGAGAAAACAGCUGCAACUGAAUCUGUACCUCUCAUCACAACAACUCGUUCUUUACUAAACGAGUUUGCGACAUUGACUUCUAAAAAGACUGUAGAAAGAGCUAAAAAAAGGCAACGAUACAGAUUCACAAGCAAGUAUAUGACAGCCGAAAAAGCAGCAGAAUCAUUUGUAAAUAUUGCUGAAAGAAAUUGUAUUGUGUUAGAAAGAAUAGCAUCUGCAAUGGAAGCUCAAGCUGCAGAAGCUACUAAACAAACACAACUCAUGCAAGAACUAAUAGGUGUACUAAGAAAUAACAAAUAAACAAUUAUGUGAUAUA